UCUUCAACAAUUGUAACAGCAGCUGUCAUUUGCUGAAUAACCAGUACAUGUCACACACUCUGCUGAGUGUAUUAUGGCAUUUUCUCUAAUACAAAGUCCUGCAGUAUAGGUAGGUAUCACGAUUUUAGUGAUGAGGGAGUCGAGGCUCAGAGUGGUUGAAUAAUUUACAGAGAGUUAUAAAGACAGUAUGUGUUAUUGUAAUCCAACCCUAAAUGUAGUCAUUGCCCCUUUCUUUGCUCUGUUUCUUUUUUCUAAAAAUACUUGCUGACUGGAAGGAAUUAUCAGUCCUUCGUUUUCUGUCAUCAGUGUCCUAUCAUAGUUUGUGUUUCCCUCCCUCAUCCCUUUGUUCAUGUCACUCUGGACAGCGUCAGCACCAGCGCACUCUGCCUUUUGAAAUGUUAUUGUUUCUUCAAGGCCCAGAGGAAACACCACCACUCUCAUCCUACAGAAGGUUCAGAGAUGGGCAGUGAGGAGGAGCAGAGUCCAGAACCACACGUGCCUGAGGAAGGGGAAGGGGGUAAGCCUUGGAGAGUGGAUGACUCAGAGGGUUCUCGGAUCCCACCUGGGGAGAAGGAGCCUGGGCAGGAGAGCCUGUUGGAGGGGCCACAAGAAACCCAUCCAAAAAAGCCAUGGCAGAAAGUCACUGCCCCAGCUGAAGAGCCGGGGGACCCCAUUGCUCAUCCAAGGCCAGAGGCAGAGGAGAAGCCCUUUAUAUGUGCCCAGUGUGGCAAGACUUUCAAUAACACCUCCAACCUGAGAACCCACCAGCGGAUCCACACAGGCGAGAAGCCUUACAAGUGUUCUGAAUGUGGCAAGAGCUUCUCUAGAAGUUCUAACCGCAUCCGGCAUGAACGGAUCCACCUGGAAGAGAAGCACUACAAAUGUCCCAAAUGUCAGGAGAGUUUUCGGCGGCGCUCAGACCUCACUACGCACCAGCAAGAUCACCUGGGCAAGCGGCCUUACCGCUGUGACAUCUGUGGCAAGAGCUUCAGCCAGAGUGCCACGCUGGCUGUGCAUCAUCGCACCCACCUGGAGCCAGCACCCUACAUCUGCUGUGAGUGCGGGAAGAGCUUCAGUAACAGCUCCAGCUUUGGCGUGCACCACCGCACCCACACAGGUGAGAGGCCUUAUGAGUGCGCCGAAUGUGGGCGGACCUUCAGUGAUAUCUCCAACUUUGGAGCACACCAGAGGACCCACAGAGGGGAGAAACCCUACCGGUGCACUCUGUGUGGGAAACAUUUCUCCCGAAGCUCAAAUCUCAUCCGCCACCAGAAAACACACUUGGGUGAGCAGGCUGGGAAAGAUUCCAGCUGAAGAAGAGCUCUAUUUAGAGAGCAAGGGAGAGAGAGUGAGUGAUCCCAACCUAGUGGAGGAAGAUCUUUAGGAUCUGCUGCUGCCACCUUGACCUCAAGCCUUUCAUCCCACUUUGGAGAAUGGUUUCCUAUUGCCUCUGAAGCCAGGAACUUAAGGAAGUCCUGAGAAGGGACUCUGAGUAAAAAUCCUUGCUUAUUACCAGGCCAAUUUCUUGACGUGGAAAGUCAGAGGACCCAGUCUUGGUUCACCUCCUUGGGGUGAAAGAGAAGUAGGGUAGGCUCAGAACAUGCUCAUGUCAUUAGGGUAGCAGUCCCCUGGCCUUUGAGGGAGUACCUGUGAUAGGUAUCACUGUCUGUAGGUUCUCCGCAUUGUCUCUGAACUGUGUAAGUUGCACUGCAGUGGCCUGCUAGUUCCCACCUGCUGUGCCCCAACUUUGCUUCUAGAUCUCUGGGCUGGGAGGACCAGCCUUCCCAAUGGAAGGGGCCUCCUUGGUCUGGAGAAGAGAUCUGAGGUUUGCUCUAAGGAAUGAAAAGGAAUCCCUCAGGGUGCCAUGAUCCAGGGACCUUCACACUCCCUCAUGUUUGUUUCUUGUUAUCUGCACCCCGACCUUUCUCUGUUUUCCCCAGAGUGAUUAGCAGUAAAACCCUUCAAUGAAAA